AUGCUUGAAGCUGAGACAACACUGACAGUUAUUAUGGCUGAUGAACCUAAUUAUGAGGAGGAUUUGUUAGCAGAUCUUCAGAGCGGGUCUGAUGAAGAGAUUGAUCAAGACGAGCAGGUUGAAAACUCCUCAGAUCUUACCCAGGCAACUGCUCAUACAGAUAACUGGCAGGACCUACUACGAGCCUCCCACCUUCACAAUGUGGGCUCUAAACUCGAGCAAAUAGAUGUCACCAACAUUCAGGAUCCUUCAAAAUUGACUUCAGUACAAAGUGUCAUCCCUCAAAUCCGUGAACAGUUGAAAACUCAUUCUGAUGAACAAGAGACAGACUACAUGGAGUUGCUAGCAUCAGUAAAUGAUGAGAACCAAACAGAAGAAUUCAAAUUUCUUAUGCAAAUCAGUGAAAUACCGACCUUGAUUCAUGAUGAAAUCUCCCUCAUUCAUCGAUACGUGAAGACUCAUUACAAACUAGUGUUUGCAGAAUUAGAGUCGCUUGUGCCUAACCCAGUUGAUUAUUGCCGUGUGGUCCUACUAGUGGGACAAGAGUUGGCGGGCAUUCGUGAUAAGGAAAGUAAGUUACAAGAAGUUGUUUCCAGCUCCAAGGUCUUAGCUAUCUCAAUGGCUGCGCUCGAGAACUUUGCUCGGCUGCUCUAUUUGAACGAGUCAGAUAUGGCUCACAUAAGAAAAGCUUGCGAGAUUUGUAUUGAGCUCAAUGGCUUCAUCAAGGAACUCUCUGAUUUCGUGUCUCAAAAACUCUCGAAGUUUGCUCCUAAUGUCAAUAAUUUAAUUGGUCCAGUCGUGACCUCUCAACUUUUAAUUAGUGUCGGCUCCCUACGGCAACUUGCCCUCACCCCAGCGUGCAAUUUACCUUCUUUUGGUGUCAAAGAUCUUCUGUCACAGCUUAAUACGCGAUCGAAUUUUGUUAGAGCCACUGGAUACUUGUACUAUAGUGAGCUUGUGAUGGGCUUGCCUCCAGAGAUAAUUAAACAGGCGCUUAGAAUCAUUAGCGCUAAAAUAAUACUUGCAGCACGAAUUGAUUUGUCGGGGUCUAAACCAGACGGGAGUUUGGGCUCCUCAUAUCUUGAAGAGGUCAAGACUAAGAUAGAUAAGCUUCUUACACCCCCUGACAGAACUGCGCCUAAAGCAUUGCCCGUUCCCAAGGAACAGAAGUCCAAGAAACGUGGUGGCCGUAGGUUCAGAAAAAUGAAGGAGAGAACUCAAAUGUCUGAAAUCAGAAAAGCUCAGAACAAAAUGGAGUUUGGUAGAGAGGAAACGGCAGUUGUCGAUGCUUUCGGUGAAGAAGUCGGUCUUGGGCUUAGCAAACAAAUCGAUGGUGUCCGUGCCAACAGAAAUACUGACGCACGUAUGUCCAAAGCUAUGGUUAGCAGGCUUAACCAGCAAAAAGAUAGAGGAAAUGACCUUGAUACUCUAGUUUUCGCGAGGGACGAUGGUGAAGAAAACAAGGAUGGCCAAAGAAAACCCAAAACUAGCUCCUGGUUUUCUGGCAUAAAGAGGAAUAGAUUUGCCGAUCUAGAUCUGGAUGAUGAAGAUUCAAAAAGGCAAAAGACUGGCAACUAG